GCCGGGACCGCUGCCAUGGCAACCCGCACGUCACGGCGGCGCGCUUUGCGGCAGGGCGCCGGGGCUCGGCGCGACACUCGGUGGCGCUUUGCGGCAGUACCGGCGUGCGCGGCCAUGGCGGAGCAGGAGGCGGCGGCGGCGGCGGGGAGCGGCAGCGACAGCGAGGAGGGGGAGGAUGGCGAGCGGCGGCACCGGCAGCUCCUGGAGGCCAUCAGCGCCUUGUCCGGACGGAAACGGCGGAAGCUGGCGGAGCGCUCGGAGGCCAGCGGGCAGGUGUCCGAGUUCAAUGUCAGCUGCAAAGGUGCUGGGGAAAAGCUGCUUCUGUCGGAGCUGCUGCAGCCCAUUCAUCCCAAAUCCACGCUGGGCAGUGUGAGGAAGGAGCUGGCCAGAGUGAAGCAGAAGGCGGCGGUGGAGCUGCCACUGAGCAAAGAGGAGGCCAAGAGGGUGGUGAGGGAGGCAGCCUACGUGACCAGCUCGAAGGAGGUGGGGAAGUGGCAGCAGGUGGUGCUGCAGAACCGGCGCGCGGAGCAGCUGGUGUUCCCCCUGCGGCAGGACAUCGCCACCGUCACGCCUCUGGAGAGGGUCACCUCGGCCUGGAAGGCCCGAACUCCACUGGAGCAGGAGAUCUUUGGAUUGCUCCACAAGACACAGCAGCCCAUCACAGACCCGCUGCUGACACCGGAGGAGAUGGCCUCAGUGCAGGCCAUGAGCUUGGAGGAGGCCCGGCGCCGGCGGGCGGAGCUGCAGAAGGCCCGGGCAGUGCAGUCCUACUACGAGGCGAAGGCUCGGCGAGCGAAGCGGAUCAAGAGCAAGAAGUACCACCGCGUGCUGAAGAAGAGCCGGAGGCGCCAGGCCCUGAAGGAGUUCGAGCAGCUGCACAAGUCGGACCCUGCGGCUGCCUUGGAGCAGCUGGAGGAGCUGGAGCAGCUCAGGAUGCAGGAGCGGAUGAGCCUUAAGCACCAGAACAAGGGAAAAUGGGCCCGAUCCAGAGCCAUUAUGGCUAAGUAUGACCUCGAGGCCCGCAAGGCCUUGCAGGAGCAGCUGGCCAGGAACAAGGAGCUGAUGCAGAAGGUGCAGGUGGAGCCGCCCGAGGAGGAGCCGUGUGAGGUGCCUGAGGAGGACACCACGGCCUUGCCCAUGCCUAGCGGGGCUAAUCCCUGGAUGCUGGGCAAGCCCAGUGGCCUGGCCCCGGAACCUGAGGCACAGGAGGGUCCAAGAGAUGACACAGUGCCUGGUGCUGUGGAGAGCAAGGAUGAGAUGGAGGAGGAGGAGGAAGAGCUGUCAGAGGAAGAAGCUCUGCUGCAAGACUUUGAGCAGAAGCGUCAGCAGCGGACAGGGAACCCCGAGGGGCACAGCAAGGACCAUGGUGCUGAUGAGACUGAGACUGGUGCUGAGCAGCCCAGGGACAGCCCAGUCGCCCCAGACUGUGCCGAGGAACUGGGGGACAGCCCAGUCCCCCCAGACUGUGCCGAGGAGCUGGGGGACAGCCCAGUCCCCCCAGACUGUGCCGAGGAGCUGGGGGACAGCCCAGUACCCCCAGACUGUGCCGAGGAGUUGCGGGACAGCCCAGUACCCCCAGUCUGUGCUGAGGAGCUGGUGAGUGCAGGACUGGAGCCUCCCCCUCAGGCCCAGGAGGAGCUCCUGCUCUCGGAGCAGCUGCGCCAUGUGAAGACCAUGGAGGAUAUGGAGAGUCUGGCCAAGGAGGAGCUUGUGGAAGAGCAGGAGAAGCUGGUAGCCCUGAGACCAGGGAAGCGAGCACGGCAGCAGGAGAAAGCCAGUGUGUCUGUCACCAGAACUGGGGACAGACAUACCAAGAAAGCAGCAGCCAAGAGGAAGAUGAUCAGCCUGGAGGCUGUGCUGGAUGGGAAGCCCCAGGAGAUGGACUGCUCCAGCCUGCCUGUGGUCUUGGAGGAGGAGGAGGGUGGCAUGGAGCAGCGCGGGAUGAUCACGGAAGCCUUUGCUGGGGACGAUGUGGUCGCUGACUUCCGCCGGGAGAAGCGCAAGGCAGAGGAGGCGGUGAAGCCGCAGCCAGUGAACCUGGUGCUGCCAGGCUGGGGCGAGUGGGGUGGCACAGGCCUGAAACCCAGUGCCAAGAAGGUCAAGAGGUUCCUGAUCAAGGCGCCGCCGGCGCCUCCGCGGAAGGACCAGCACCUGCCCCACGUCAUCAUCAGCGAGAAGCGUAACAUCCACGCGGCAGCGCAUCAGGUCAGCGAGCUGCCCUUCCCCUUUGAGCGGCACCAGCAGUUCGAGCAGAGCAUGCGGACGCCCCUGGGCCCCACGUGGAACACUCAGCGUGCCUUCCAGAAGCUGACAGCCCCUCGAGUCAUCACCCGUGCUGGCCACAUCAUCCAGCCUAUCUCAGCUGAGGAUGUCCCUGACACGGCUCCUGGCAGCGGGGCCAGGCUUGAGGGAGAGGCCAUGCCUGGGAGGAAGGCUGUGCCCAGGGGGAAGGCUGUGCCCAAGGGGAAGGCUGUGCCCAAGGGGAAGGCUGUGCCCAGGGGGAAGGCUGUGCCCGGGGGGAAGGCUGUGCCUGGGGGGAAGGCUGUGCCCAGUGGGAGGACUGUUCCUGGGCAGAAGGCACAGCCCCGGCACCGCAGAGCACGGUAGCUCUGUGUCUGCAGCCUGGGAGGCUCAAACUGGAACGAGCAGAGGAACCAGGAGCAGCUCCUGGUUCUGUCCAGUUCCUUCUACCUCUUUCUCUGCAAUAAAACCCAGGGCCGCCCUCCCUGUGCUGUCUGCAUGGCUGCCUUGGCAGUGUCCAGGGCCAGGUUGGGCCCUCCAUCCUGUCCUUGGGGUCCAUGCAGGGUCAGGUGCUUUGGCUGAGUUGAGGGUGAGAGCUUGGUCAGGAGUUCAUAGUGGGGCACAUUCAGGAGCAUGGUGAGGGACUGGAAUAGCUGCCAACAUCCUGUCCUUUGUCUUUUAUAUCCCCAUUUUUGUACCUAUAUAGAUUCUUAAAUCUUGGCCAAAGGGGCUUUCUCCCCACCUUGUCAUGCUGAGCCUGGCCUCGGGCUGUUUCUGGGGUCCACCUGCACUCCCAGAGUACUUGCUCAGCCCUAAUAAACCUGAUCACCUGGAAA